AUGCCGAAUCCAAAGCCAAACCUAAAGGGAAAGGAUACAGAGGCCACUAAAUCCCUAAACCGUAUAUUGCAACCCGACACGAUCCGUACCGUGAACGCAACGAGCCAUGUCAUUCCAAAUAAACCACCCAAAGUGCAGACGACCUAUGGAUCGAAGAGAGGCAAAGGACUAUCAAGAUAUUCCCGACGCAACGACAAACGAGAUGGUUCUUCUAGUAGACGAUCUACCCCGAAUGAGGAUUCCAGUGAUGAAUUCCAAGAGGGCCCACCAACAGUAAAGCGUGCACGAAGAAGUAACAGUGACCGACGACAGCCAUCCAAUCCACCAGACGCGAUACCAACCUUGUUUGUUGGCGAGACGUUGUCUAUCAAUGAUCUAUCAUCAGCAAAAGCCAACAGAGCAAAGAGCAAAGCCGAUGUUGAAGAGAAGCACAAGCUAUUUGAUGAUUUGAGCAGGCAAUCAAGUCAACUGGAAAGCACCGAUGAUGCCAAUUCAAAUCAACAUGGCUCACCGAAAUAUGUGUGUCCCUACUGCAAUGAGGUGUUCCCUACAGGCGAAAUGACUGAUCGACUUAAGCGGGCACUCAAGAUGAUUAAGCAAAAAGAUGAGGCCUAUGCACAGCAGGAGAUUGAGCAUCGAAUGAAGCGUGUCACCGGCAAGCAUAAGGAAUUGCUUAAGAAGCAAAUGAAAGUGAAGCGUCCUGUGGAUGGUUUAGAGCAACACUUUUUUUGUCGUCUUCAUCGUGCCGAGCUUGUUGUCAGGAAAGAGGGUCGAGCCAAGAAUUAUCCUGAGGAGAUCAGAUUUAACGACAUCCAUUCUCGACUUGAACGGCUUCGUGGUGAAUUGGAAAAGGUUAUUCGACAAGAGAGGAAGAGCCAGUUUCGUGAUAUUGCUCUCAAAGCGUAUGAGGAGAUGGGAAAGAACAAGGCACGCAGUACAUUGGGCGUCAUGGCGCGUGUAGAUAACAUCAUGACUGGAUAUUAUGGAUCCAAGGGUAGUGCCGUCAUACAAGAUGCUCUCAGCACCAUGUUCUUACACACUGGCAUGUUGACCAAUGCAAUGACGACACCACAACUUCCAUUGGAAUAUUUGCAACAAGUUCUGGUUCCUGAGGCUGCUUUAGUGUUGAUUCGGCAAGAUUUAUAUAACGCAGAUGCCAAGAAGAGACCUCGAGCUCGUUUCCCAACGUCUGAAGAAUUGGCUCAAUACAACGAGAAGGCUGAACAAGUGCUCAAAGAUAGUACCGAGUUUGGAAAAUUGGUGCACAUGGCAGAGAAUGAAAUCAUUGCCGACUUUUCAGAUCAAAGUUUGAAAAAGAUAUCCCUUAGUGACGAUGAAUCGUCAUCAUCAUCAUCAUCCAGCGAAGAAGAUAGCGACGAUAGUGAUUUUCAAGGCAAAUAA